UCUCUUCACGGCUUCUCCCGAAAGAUCGGAUCUUUUUCCCCCAAUUCUUCUGCUCCGAGACCUCGAAUUCUGACAAGAAUCGGAGAAUUGUUGAGGAAUCGUUGCUGCUGUUGGGUGAUGCGAUCAUGCCGGCCACGGACUUCCAGGGCUCGUCCGUCCCCUUCGCGUCCAUCGGGCGCUCCAUCCUGAGCAUCCGCCGCGACCAGGUUCACACCGUCGACGGGCACCACCACGAUUCCCCCGGUGGCGGUGCCGCCCACGACCUCGAGCUGGAGGUAUUCCAGAAGCACGUCGCCGACCUCUUCGUCGACCUCGCUUCUUCUCCUCCUGCUGCCGCUGCCGCCGACGAGCUGCUCUCCCUCGCUUGGGUCCGCAGGCUGCUCGACAGCUUCCUCAUCUGCCAGGAGGAGUUCCGCGUGAUUCUAUUCAGCUGCAGCAAGGGCCAGCGGGUGCUCCUCGCCCGGCCUCCCCUCGACCGCCUCCUCUCCGACUUCUUUGACCGCGCCGUCAAGGCGCUCGAUGUCUGCAACGCCAUCCGCGACGGCGUCGACCAGCUCCGCCUGUGGCGCCAGCACCUCGAGAUCGCCCUCGCCGCCCUCAAUGGAGGCCGGCCCCUCGGCGAGGGCCAGCUCCGCCGCGCCCGUAAGGCCCUCACCGACCUCACCAUCCUCAUGCUCGACGAGAAGGAGACCGCCGGCGGGUCCAUCCUCAACCACCGCAACCGCUCCUUCGGCCGCUCCAGCAAGGAGACGCACCACCGCCGCACCGGCAGCGGCGGGGCCGCCGCCUCUGCUUGCCACUUCCGCUCCUCCUCGUGGAGCGUCUCCCGCUCGUGGUCCGCUGCACGGCAGCUCCAGGCGAUCGGCAACAACCUCGCCGUGCCUCGUGGCAACGAGGUCUCCGCGACCAAUGGCCUUGCCUUCCCCGUGUUCACCAUGAGCUCGGUUCUCUUCUUCGUGGUGUGGGCUCUCGUGGCGGCAAUCCCGUGCCAGGACCGCGGCCUCCAGACCCAUUUCUCGGUCCCCCGGAACUUACCCUGGGCCGCAUCGAUCACCUCGCUCCACGAGCGGAUCUUCGAGGAAUCGAAGAAAAAAGACAGGAAGAACUCGUGCGGGCUGCUGAAGGAGAUCCAACAGAUCGAGAAGUGCAGCCGCCACCUGGCUGAGUUGUUGGAUCCCGUCGAGUUCCCAUUGACAGAGGAGAAGGAUACGGAGCUGAAGCAGGGGGUAGAAGAGCUAGUGGAGGUUUGCAGUGCCUUGAAAGAGGGCUUAGACCCACUGGAGCGCCAGGUGAGGGAGGUCUUCCUUCGAAUAGUGAGGAGCCGAACCGAAGUCCUCGAAUGCCUGAACAAGUCCCACAAUCCCGAGUGAAUUCUGUCAAAGGUGCCAUCUUUGGCCGUGAUGAGGUGAGGUGGGUUUGCGUUUAGUCUUUGGGUGGGCUACCCAUGCGAAGAAGGGGAAGGCAGACAUGAAGAAGAUGAUGAACCAAAUGUCUUCUUCGGGCUGGGAAGAUGGAGAAGGUAGUGCUCUUGUAUUUAGUCUUUUUUGUCACAGGUUGUGUAGAAAAAAGCAGGACAAAAAGCAACUUGCUUUUUGGAUACUGUGUGCAUCUUUGUUGUGUUCUUCUCCAUCAACUUUCCUCUGUUGUGGAGUCCCCCUAAUGGUGGCCAUCCAUGGGAAUGGCCUUUUCCUUAUAUUUAUUGUACUGUUUUCCUUGCUUCUUGUUGUUGAAUACUCCUGCAAAUCUCAUUUUCCAUAUUAAUUCUUCUUUUGAAUA